AUGACGCGAGGAAGUCUUUUACGACACAUCUUCAGACAUGGUCCGAAUUCCAAACUCAAGCGCGACGCAGUCCAAUCCAAAGUCGACGAGAAUGAAAGUUCGCCUCUCGUCGCAAAGUCACCCGCAAACGAGUCCAAGCCGCUAUCGCAAGAUCAGUCACCACCACUAACACCCGAGCCACAUACCGUACACAUUCUUCCCGAGAUCACCGAGGAGGGAUCUAGCUCUCCAGCCGCCGAUUCGCCUUCCGCAUCUUCAAGCACAGGCAGUACAGUAUCCGACCUCGCAUCCAUAGUUACUGUGCUUGCCGCGCACGCGCCUCUCAUCAACCCCACAACUCUCACCACGCGCGACCUCCUCUACGCCGCCAUCGAUGAAGCGAUUUCAGCCACGAAGAACCAUCUCGACACACUAGCAACUGCAUGGGCGCUACUUGAGGCCCUCGCUGGCUUCAGUGCGACAGUCGAGGUGCUGAAGCAGGAGAUAGAGCUGAAGGUCACGGCGUCUGAGGCCAAGCUUGUGGAACUGGAAAGCUUUGAGGAGGCGGUCGAGGGGAUGGCGUUCCCGGGUGAGCAGGACAUAGUCGGCACGAAUGUGGGUGAUGUGGACGGUUCACCAGGUCGCUAG